AUGGAAGGAGAGAGCAUACUAAACUCCACUGUAAAUACCAGUACAAUGGAUAUCCAGCUGGUCACUCACAGUCUGUGGGAGGUGAUCACUAUUGCAACUGUGUCAGCUAUAGUCAGCCUCAUAACCAUUGUGGGGAAUGUCCUGGUGAUGCUCUCCUUCAAAGUUAACAGCCAGCUAAAGACAGUGAAUAAUUACUACCUGCUGAGUCUGGCAGCUGCUGACCUUAUCAUAGGUGUUUUCUCCAUGAACCUCUAUACCUCUUAUAUACUGAUGGGCUACUGGGCCUUAGGGAAUCUCGCCUGUGACCUGUGGUUGGCAGUGGACUAUGUAGCCAGUAACGCCUCCGUCAUGAACCUGUUGGUGAUCAGUUUUGACAGAUAUUUUUCCAUCACCAGACCUCUGACCUACAGGGCCAAACGGACUCCCAAACGGGCUGGGAUCAUGAUAGGUUUAGCCUGGCUGGUGUCACUUGUUCUGUGGGCUCCACCUAUUAUCUGCUGGCAGUACUUUGUAGGGAAAAGGACUGUCCCUGAGAGGCAAUGCCAGAUCCAGUUUUUCUCUGAGCCUGUGAUAACCUUUGGGACAGCGAUUGCUGCCUUUUAUAUCCCUGUAUCAGUCAUGACAAUCCUAUACUGUCGGAUUUACAAGGAGACGGAGAAGAGGACCAAAGAUCUGGCGGAACUACAGGGUAUUAACUAUCCCACAGACUCUCGGGUCACCCAGCCCCAGAAAACCAUUAUCAGGUCCUGUUUUAGCUGUAAAUUAAGGUCAGCUUCACAUGACAGGAACCAAGCCUCUUGGUCCUCCUCCAGCAGAAGCAAUGCUGCCAAAUCGGCAGCCACCACCAAUGACGAAUGGUCCAAAGCCGGUCAGCUGACCACCUUUAACAGUUAUGCCUCCUCUGAGGAUGAGGACAGACCUGUGUCUCCAGGGGGUUUCCAGCCCUCCUUCAGGAACCAGGCUUGUGAGACCAUCAAGAGUGGGGUGGGCAGUGAGAGCGAGCAGCUCAGCAGCUACGAUGAGGAUAGCUUCUUCCAGACGCCACCCAAAAGCAACUCUCAGAAGAGCAGCAAGUGCGUGUCCUACAAGUUCAAGCCCGUGGCCAAAGAUGCUAACGUGGAGCACCACAGCAAAAAUGGAGACACAAAAAUGGCGUCGUCAACGUUCUCCUCGGCUGAGUCCAUGAGCGUUCCGUCCACCUCCUCCACGUCUAAGCCCAUAGACGCCACGCUGAAGAACCAGAUCACCAAGAGGAAGAGGAUGGUGCUGAUCAAGGAGAGGAAGGCAGCUCAGACUCUCAGUGCCAUAUUGCUGGCCUUCAUCCUAACAUGGACACCUUAUAACAUCAUGGUGCUUAUUUCCACCUUCUGCUCAGACUGCAUUCCCCUCUCACUCUGGCAUCUGGGCUACUGGCUGUGCUACGUUAACAGCACUGUCAAUCCCAUGUGCUACGCACUUUGUAACAAGACUUUCCAAAAGACCUUCCGUAUGCUCUUACUUUGUCAGUGGAAGAAGAAAAGGAUUGAGGAGAAACUAUACUGGUAUGGACAAAACCCUGUGGUCAGCUCCAAACUGACAUGA